AUGGCGGUAGGGAUGCAGCUCCUUCCUGUAUUGUGCCUGGUCCUGGCCGCUAGCAGCCAUGCACACCGGACGAAGACGGAGGUGCCUCCACUAGCUGACCCGGAGCCCUCCCCAUACGGCUCCCUGUGGCCGCUUCCUCAGGAGGUGCAGGUCUCCUCCACCGUCUUGCUCAUCCCCCCGGCUGAGUUCGCCAUAGUGCACGGAGAGGGGUCCACCGCGGGGCCUAAGUGUCUGGUGCUGCAGGAUGCCUUCCGGAGAUACUACGAUUACAUGUUUGGUUUCCUGCGACUAGAAGAUGUACCUGCAAUCAAACCGCGUUCAGGACAAUUAGUACAACUUCAGGUCAUCCUCACCUCAAAGAACAAUGAAUGUCACAAGUAUCCCAGCAUCCAUUCAGAUGAGUCAUAUAAGCUGUCCGUUAAUGAUGAUGGAGCUGUCAUUCAAGCAUGUCAAGUCUGGGGUGCUCUGAGGGGUCUUGAGACGUUCAGCCAGUUAGUUUAUAAAGACAGCACUGGAGCAUUCCUUAUAAACAAAACUCAGAUUAAUGACUUUCCAAGGUUUGCCCACAGAGGAGUACUGCUGGACACAUCCAGACAUUUUCUGCCUCUAAAGGUUAUCCUAAAAACUUUGGAUGCUAUGGCAUUUAACAAAAUGAACAUCCUUCACUGGCAUAUAGUGGAUGAUCAAUCUUUCCCUUAUCAAAGCGAAACAUUCCCUGAACUGAGUAACAGGGGAGCUUAUCAGGCAUUCACACACAUUUAUAGCUUCAUUGACGUACGUAUGGUGAUUGAGUAUGCUAGACUAAGAGGAAUUCGGGUUAUACCGGAGUUUGAUACGCCAGGACACACUUACUCAUGGGGUAAAGGCCAGAAAGAUCUUUUGACUCCGUGUUACAAAGAUGGAGAACCAAGUGGAACCUUUGGACCUGUGAACCCAAUUGUCAAUGGCACUUACACAUUUAUGUACACAUUAUUUAAAGAAAUUGGCAUGGUGUUUCCUGACAAAUAUAUCCAUUUAGGAGGGGACGAGGUGGACUUUUCUUGUUGGAAGUCCAAUCCUGCUAUUGCAAAGUUCAUGGCUGAGCAUGGCUUUGGUACAGACUACUGCAAACUGGAAUCGUAUUAUGUCCAACAAAUUCUAGACAUAAUGUCCAAAUUGGGGAAAGGUUACAUGGUUUGGCAGGAAGUAUUUGAUAACCACGACCAGAUUAAUCCAGACACGAUAGUGAAAGUGUGGAAAGGGCAAAACUAUGCCGAAGAACUGUCCAAAGUGACAGCUGCGGGGUUUUCUGCCAUCCUCUCAGCUCCCUGGUACCUAGAUUACAUUAGUUAUGGCCAGGACUGGCAGAGAUACUACAAAACUGAGCCACUAAAAUUUAAUGGGACUGAAGAGCAGAAGAAGCUUGUGAUUGGUGGUGAAGCUUGUUUAUGGGGUGAAUUUGUUGAUGCUACAAACCUCACACCACGACUGUGGCCUAGAGCAAGUGCGGUUGCAGAAAGGCUUUGGAGCAGUGUAAAAGUGACCUCAGUGCAGGAUGCUUAUAACAGGCUGAUUGUACACAGGUGUCGUAUGGUCGGGCGUGGAAUAGGAGCAGAGCCGCUCUAUGUUGGAUUCUGUGAACAUGAAAUGAAGUACUAG